AUGGAACCGGCGGUAGUGGGGGAGGUAUCGCCCCAGGCGAUUUUCACAGCAUAUGUUACAGUGAAAGGACGUGCUGGGGGGUCCCCGCGGGCGAUCAAGGGGCUUCUUCGGACGCACGCGCAUGGCGUGCCAGAUAGAGUAGAGGGAGGAGGAGAUAGAGACGUACGUGAAGCAUGCCUUGGAUGGGCAUGCUAUAAGCCUGAUGUGCGGUGGUAUAAAGACGUAAAGGAAGAGGGGAAGAAAGGAAGGGGGGUUUGCAGCGAGGCCGUCGACGCGGCUCCACUUCAUUUGCUUGUCGGCUUCACAGGCUCCUCACCUCUGCACCCGCUUCUCGCCUCUGCACCCGCUUCGUCUCUGCACGCUCACUGUUCGCGCGCCAUCCCUUCUGUGCGGGCACAUGAUACCAUCGACCGCUCGUGGUUCCUCCACAAACGAUACAUCCGGCGACCGCGGCUGGCCAAGCUGGAGAGAAAGGAGCGAAAGAGGAGCGAAAGAGGAGCAUGCGCAGAGGCGAACCAAGGAGGAGGACACGCGCGUGCGGACGAAGCAGAACAGAAGAUGGAACUUCACAAGACGUUAAUGAUCGAGAGGGCUGCAUGCAUAUGCAUCGGCUUCAUCGACUGUGUGAACGCUAACUGCGCAGACAGUGACUCGAAUCGAUCUGCCGAUUUGAACCAGCCUAUCGCUGAGCCUCAACCGAUGGACUCAUCCUCAUUCUCGCCGGAUAUCACCUGGCCAGCCAUCGAUGAAACCCUCAUCAACACGACACUCACCUCCUCGCCCUUCGUGCUCGUCGAGGGCGUCAUUAACAUCCGCGACUUCGGCGCGCGCUAUCUGGCCGCCUCGCGCAUCGUCAAACCCGCC